AUGCUAAACAGGAAAACGGAGUGGAAGACAAGCUCGCGACAGGCGGUUGGUGGUGCCGGUAACGAGCCGGCUGCUUCGGCUGCAGCACCAAGGCGCCGGACUCUUCCUCGUCUUCUUUCGUCCUCACCACCCCGCAGGAAACGUCGACAUCGGUUGCUCGAGAUGACUCCUCGCAGUGCGCAUGUCAUCUCAACAAGGAGCUGGGCAAUGCCCGUGAUCAUGUGCCUGCUGGGCAUCUUGACGGUCAAGGUCUUCUUCUUGUCGCGGUCCGAUGAGUACGUUUCUUCGAGCAGGGUGCAGGAGAUGGUUGAGGUGGAGGUGCAGCGUCGAGUACAGCAGCAGGUGUCGCUGCUGAAUUCGGAACCGCACACGCUGCCUUCGGAAGAAAGAGGGCCGGCCGUGGCCAACAACUUCCCGCCUACGGCCGACCUUUCCGAGAAGGACCGCAUGCGCGUGCUGGUCACCGGCGGGGCAGGCUUUGUGGGUUCUCACCUGGUGGACGCUCUGAUGAAGAUGGGGCACGAUGUCAUCGUGCUAGACAAUUUCUUCACGGGAAGGCAGAAGAAUGUGCAGCACUGGAUAGGACACCCAAGCUUUCAUCUCAUAACGCACGACGUCGUGGAGCCAAUCAAACUCGAGGUAGACCAGAUUUAUCACCUGGCUUGCCCAGCAUCACCACCUCACUACCAGUACAACCCCAUCAAGACAAUCAAAACCAGCACCCAAGGCACGCUUAAUAUGCUCGGGCUUGCCAAGCGGACAGGCGCGAGGAUGCUUCUCACCAGCACCUCAGAGGUCUACGGAGAUCCGGAGGAGCACCCACAGCGCGAGACGUACUGGGGCAACGUCAACCCUAUCGGGCCGCGUGCCUGCUACGACGAGGGAAAGCGAGUGGCGGAGACCAUGAUGUACGCCUACGAGAACCAGGGAGAAAUGGAGGUGCGCGUCGCUCGCAUCUUCAACACCUUCGGCCCGCGAAUGCACCCGAACGACGGGCGCGUGGUGAGCAACUUCAUCAUCCAGGCAAUUCAGGGGAAGGACAUCACCAUUUACGGUGACGGCUCGCAGACCCGAUCGUUCCAGUACGUCGAUGACCUCGUGCGGGGCCUGAUCGCGCUCAUGAACAAUAAUUACUCUGGGCCGGUGAACAUCGGGAACCCGGAUGAAUACACCGUCAAGGAUUUCGCUGAGUUGAUCAAGUCGUCGACGGAGAGCACGAGCAAGAUCAUCUUCAUGGACGGGACGAAGGAUGACCCCAACAAGAGAAAGCCCGACAUAACUCUUGCCAAGAAGGAGCUGGGAUGGGAGCCGACCGUGGCCGUGAAAGACGGUCUCGUCGAGACAAUAAAAUACUUCCGCGGGGAACUGAAAAAGACGGGGGAGAUCAUCCCCACGGGUCCGGACGCCUCCAAACCGAGGAACUUCGCCGAUCCCGACCCUCCGAGGCAACUCCGAUCACCCUAGGGAGGAGUUGAGGGACGGGUCACGGUGAGGAGAAAGACACGCAGGCGAGAGGCGGGCGUGUA